AUGGAGGGAAAAUGGUUACAACGUGGGUCAAUACGACUGGGACUAUGCAGAACGUGGCAUGAACUUCUUAUCCAAUGGUGGAUUUGCGACAGCUAUCUACUUGGUGGCUUGUUUGGCCCCACUGGGCCUUUUGCUGCUUGGCCCAGACUGCAGCAGCUGGACGUUGGUAUCCAGAGGCAGCUCCUGGAGAUCGGUCAUGAACCCGAACGGACGGCUUGGUUUGGACUGGAUUCGAAAUUCAAACCUGAUGAUAUCUCGGUGCACUUUGAUACUCCAUUUAUGUCUGGCAGUUUGUGCCAUCUACGUGAUGGAACAACCACGUGGGAGUGA